AUGGCGGGCAUUCUGGAACUGGCCUUUGUCCAAGUAGGGCGAGUGAGGAGAAAGGUCUGGGUGCAGGGUGCAGGGAUGAGGAGACAGAUCCUUGAGAAACCUCACGUGACUCGGGCCCUGGGUUUCUUCCUGCGCCAGGAGACCAGUGCGACUCGUGGUCCCCAGUACUGCCUCGUGUACCCCUAUUCGUCCAGGGGCCGCCCCAACUGUCCUGAGAGCUGGAGCGGGGUGGGGGGCGCCGGGCCCCUAUUCUGCGGGGGGGUCGGGGGGGGGCCAAGGCAGGCUGCUCAAAGCUCGGGUCCAGAGACCACACUGCACGCGGGGUCACAGCACUGCUUCAGUCUCUGCCAGGCGACAGCCAGGUCACCUGUCCUGGGGGCGUGGACCCUUCCUGGGCUGGAGCGUUCCACAGGGCCCUCAGCUGGGCCCAGACUCCCACUGGGCCCUUCCCAGGCCCGACCGGCAGGGGCCGAGGGUGCUGCUGGCCGCCCUGGCCUGCACCCGGAAGGUGUGUGUGUGCGGGGGGGUGGCCCAACCUCUUGGAGUGGCAGGUCUCACACCCCUGCCCCAUUUGGGCACAGGCACCGUUGGGGUCCCCAGCCCCCCAGCCCUGGGCUUUGGUUUACAUCACGGAGCAGCAUCACUCCUGCACUCCCACCCCCCUCCCUGCAGGGGGCACAGCCCCCGCCUCCUGCACCACCCCCCGAGAGGCAGGCCCGCACCCCUGCACCCCCCCACCGCCAAAGAAACAGCAGGUGGCACUGGGAAAUCUGGGGGGCCCUCAAAGGCCUCCCUGUACCCCCAUGGCCUUCACACACGCGCACACACGUCUCAGCUCCAAGCACUGCCCGCGGGCAAGGGGGAGGGGGACGAGGAGGACGAGGACGAGGAAGAGCGGGGGACAGAGGACGAGGGGGGAGGGGUACCCUGUUCAGAGGUGACCUGCAAGUUCAAGUGACGCAGAAAAUUAUCAAAGAGGCGAGACAGUCUCUGCCCUUGGCAGAGGCCCGGGCCGGGGCCGGGGGCCGGCCGGGGCCACUCCUGGCCAAGGACAGGUCCGGCUCCCCGAGGGCACCCCCCGCCGCACCCGCCCCGGGCUCGCAGGCAGCUGGCAGGUGAGUUCGCGGAGAUCUGGGGGCU